AUGUUCCCAUAAAUAAAGCAAAAUCCCCAGAAACCAGAAAAAGUAAAAUCUGCCUAUAAAUUACCCAAAUUAGAAGAAUACUUCUAAAAGGCCAGAGUAUUGUAAGAUUAGAACUAAAAGGCUUUGGAAGAAAUGGUUUCCAUCAAACGUUACUUGAUGAAAUUCAAGUCCUGA